UAUAAUAUAUAGCUAACUUGAAUAAUUUUAAUAAACAAUUUUAGUAGUAUAAUAAAGCAAAUAAUUUUUUUUAUUGGUGUAGACACAACUUUAUAAGCAUAAAAUGGAGAGUUUUGGGCCCGCCUUAGCACAAAAAGCCAUUAAAUUCACUGAUCCAGCUGAAUGGUGGAUACAUUAUGGUGAAAGUGCUCCUGAACUACAAAGAAUUGCAGUAAGAGUGUUGAGUCAAACCACUUCUGCAUCUAAUUGUGAAAGAAAUUGGAGCACUUUUUCACUUAUACAUACAAAGACGAACAGAUUACGGUAUCAAAAAUUGCAUGCACUCGUCUUUGUUCACUACAAUAUGCGGCUGAAGUUGAGGAAUUUGAGCAGAAAGAGUCAGCAUGAGCUAGAAAAGAGUUAUAAUCCAAUUAAUUUGGAUUACAUUUUUGAGGAAGAUGAUCCACUAAAUCCUUGGUUGGAGGAAAGGGAAAAUCCUGUACUUGAUGGUGAAGAAAAUCCUUGGCUAGAGGAGGAUGAGCCCGCUCCAUCACAAUCACAACAAGUUAAUGCUCACUCAUGGACAUAAU